GACAAGAAAGAAAGAAGUAACGCCCUAAAUGUUGCAAUAGACAGUAUGUGCAAGAAGACAAGAGACCUUCGCAGACAGCUUCGUAAAGCCAUCAUAGAUCACAUCUCGGACUCCUUCUUAGAUACCACUGUUCCACUUCUGGUUCUUAUUGAAGCUGCUAAGAAAGGAAGAGAAAAAGAAAUGAAGGAAUAUGCUGCUAUAUUUCGAGAGCACACCAGCAGGCUUGUGGAGGUUGCUAAUCUUGCUUGUUCAUUGUCAACAAAUGAAGAUGGAAUGAAAAUUGUCCAAAUGGCAGCUAAUCAUAUAGAGAUUUUGUGCCCACAGGUUAUUAAUGCUGCUUUAGCUCUUGCUGCCAGACCAAAAAGUCAAGUUGUAAAAAACAACAUGGAGAUGUACAGGAGUACAUGGGAGAAUCACAUCCAUGUUCUCACUGAAGCUGUGGAUGAUAUAACAAGCAUUGAUGAUUUUCUUGCUGUUUCAGAAAGCCACAUUCUUGAGGAUGUAAACAAUUGCAUCAUUGCAUUGAGAGAACAAAAUGUUGAUGAUUUAGAUCGUGCAGCAGGUGCGAUCCGAGGGCGCGCUUCAAGAGUAGCUCACAUUGUUUCGGGUGAGAUGGACAAUUAUGAGCCGGGAGCUUACACUGAGGGAGUCAUGAAGAAUGUUCAAUAUCUGACAAAGACUGUGAUUCCGGAGUUUGUUAAUCAAGUAAAUAUUGCAUUGGAGAGCCUCAGCAAGAACAAAAUGCAUAUGUUUGAUGAUAAUCAGUUUGUGGACGUUUCUAAGAAGGUCUAUGAUACGAUUCAUAAUAUCAGAUGCUCAGUCAUGGUGAUUCGGACACCAGAGGAGCUAGAAGAUAUCUCUGACCUCGAAGAAGACCAUGAUGCAUGUAGUCGUUCAAGUAUUCAAACUGAAGGGAAAACUGACAGGGCAAAGAUGACUCAGCUGCCAGAGGCUGAAAAAGAAAAGAUAGCGGAACAGGUGGCUGACUUCAAAAAAGUCAAGAGUAAGCUUGAUGCAGAGAUUGAAAUAUGGGAUGAUACCAGUAAUGACAUAAUUGUUUUGGCCAAGAGAAUGUGUGUGAUUAUGAUGGAGAUGACAGACUUCACAAGGGGUAGAGGCCCACUGAAGAACACAUCAGAUGUAAUUAAUGCAGCAAAAAUGAUUUCAGAGUCAGGAUCAAGAAUGGAUGUCUUAGCACGACUGAUUGCCAAUCAGUGCCUAGACCAAUCAUGCAAACAUGACUUGUUGGCUUACCUAGAACAGAUCAAGCUGUACUCCCAUCAGCUCAAAAUCUGCAGUCAAGUUAAAGCAGAAAUCCAGAGUCUGGGUGGAGAGCUCAUCAUGUCUGCUUUGGACAGUGUCACUUCGCUAAUUCAGGCUGCCAAAAAUUUAAUGAAUGCUGUGGUGCAGACAGUAAAGAUGUCCUAUAUUGCGUCCACAAAGAUUAUCAAGAUUCAGAGUCCUACUGGCCCACGACAUCCUGUUGUUAUGUGGAGAAUGAAAGCUCCAGAGAAGAAGCCUCUAAUUAAAAGAGAGAAGCCAGAAGAAAUCUAUGCAGCUGUCAGAAAAGGUUCUGCAAAGAAGAGAAUCCAUCCUGUUCAGGUCAUGAGUGAAUUCAAAGGCAGAGAAAUAGUAUGAUGUCCUAUGAUGACAUUCUAUUGGCUUUACAUCUGUUUCCCCUCACUUGUUUAAAAAUUUUAAAUGCUAAUGUUUUGCUUUUCUCUAAAUCUUUAUGUUAACACUUCAAUU